GGAUUCUCUCAGUCUAUCCUGAUGGUCUAUUCUGGAGAAUAUGACACAACAUAUGGGUUGGCAUCCCACUGAUUUUUGCUAGUGCUCUCCACAGCUCCUGAAAGUGCCUGCUGCUGACAAUGAAUGAAAUAAAAGGGGAAGAGAGAGAACAGAGAGAAAGAAGCGUUGUCUUACCAGCCGACGGAGCUUAUCACUCCACUCCCUUUGUGACGCUGGCAACUCAUAAGCCUAUAAAAUGCACCUUAGCUCCCAGUCCCAUUCUCCUUCAGCAAAAUCAGAAGCAAGAGGUGGCUGCACAGAGGAGGAAUGAGACUCUUUUCUACCGAGAGAUGGCUCUUCUGAUUCAGCUAGUACAACGUUUCUAACAGUUUGAACAGUGCAGCCAAAGCUUUCUCUGACAGCUCUCUCCUUCCCAGUUCUUGCUGUGCUGCCGAACUUCUUUUUUUCCUUCUUUCCUCUUCUUAUCUUUUUUGGGGGGAUUCUGGAGGGUUGGGAGAGGGAGGUGGGAGAGACAUUCCCUGAAGAAAGGAGAGGAGCAUCCAAGAUGACUUCUAUUGCCACAGCCAACUGGAAUGCGAGCAUAAGCAGCAGGUGGAACACAAGCCUUGCAGCAGCAGGCGACCCCUGGGGACAGGCGCUGGGAGCCCCAGCUGAAAAUGCUUCUACCCUUGUCACAGCCAACUUCUCCAACCAGUUCGUGCAGCCCUCCUGGCGCAUAGCCUUGUGGUCUCUGGCAUACGGUGGUGUGGUGGCAGUGGCCAUUUUUGGAAAUCUCAUUGUCAUCUGGAUCAUCCUGGCUCAUAAGCGCAUGAGGACAGUGACCAAUUACUUCCUGGUGAACCUGGCUUUCUCUGAUGCCUCCAUGGCCGCUUUCAAUACUCUCAUCAACUUCAUCUAUGCACUGCACAGCGAGUGGUAUUUUGGAGAGGCUUACUGCCGUUUCCACAAUUUCUUCCCCAUCACAGCUGUCUUCGCCAGCAUCUACUCCAUGACAGCGAUUGCUGUGGACAGGUACAUGGCCAUUAUUGAUCCCUUGAAACCCAGGCUCUCUGCAACUGCUACCAAAGUGGUCAUUGGGAGCAUAUGGAUUUUGGCUUUCCUGUUGGCCUUUCCCCAGUGCCUCUACUCCAUAACCAAGGUGAUGCCUGGGAGAACUCUUUGCUAUGUAGCAUGGCCAGGUGGUCCAAAACAGCACUUCACGUAUCAUGUCAUUGUGAUUCUGCUGGUCUACUGUUUUCCACUGCUUGUCAUGGGCAUCACUUAUUCUGUAGUGGGAAUUACCCUCUGGGGAGGAGAAAUACCAGGUGACACGUCGGAUAAAUAUCAUGAGCAGCUCAAAGCUAAGAGAAAGGUGGUAAAAAUGAUGAUUGUGGUUGUGAUGACAUUUGCCAUCUGUUGGCUGCCCUACCACGCUUACUUCAUAGUUACUGGGAUCUAUCAACAAUUAAAUCGGUGGAAAUACAUUCAGCAAAUCUAUUUGGCCAGUUUUUGGCUUGCCAUGAGUUCUACUAUGUACAAUCCUAUUAUCUACUGCUGUCUUAAUAAAAGGUUCCGAGCUGGCUUCAAGAGAGCUUUCCGCUGGUGCCCCUUCAUUGAGGUGUCCAGCCAUGACGAACUAGAGCUCAAGGCUGCCAGGUUUCAUCCCACCCGGCAAAGCAGUCUAUAUGCUGUGUCCAGAAUGGAGUCCAGCACAACAGUAGUGCUCGACACCAACGAUGGAGACAACUCCCAUCCCAGUCGCAAGAAAAAAGCAGCUCCAAGGAAUGCGAAUUUCAGUGUUUGUUCACGGAGGAAUUCCAAGGCUGUCUCCACAGCCUCAAGUUUCGUCAGUUCACUGUACACAGCAGGAGAUGAUUACUCCUAA